AUGACGGCGGUUGGUCUGUUUGAUGUAACCCAGUUUUAUGGACGCCGGAGUUGGCAUCCGCACACGCGGGCGGAAGAAAAUAAGCGUGCCGGGGCUCCGGGCCUGCCUGGCCUGGGCUCCCCUGAGCGGAGCCGGCCGGGGAAGCACCCAGAACAAGCAGUAAUUAAGGCUGCAUGGAUAAGCCUCAGCCCUGUCAGGGUGGAUUCUCCUCUGCCAGCUGGUGUUCCUAAGCUUAGUUAUCACUUUGCAUCAUCACACAAGUAUGUUCCCAGACGGGCUGUGCUGUAUGUACCUGCAGAUGAUGAAAAGAAGAUAAGAAAAAUCCCAUCACUAAAUGUAGAUUGUGCGGUGUUGGACUGUGAAGAUGGUGUGGCUCUGAACAGAAAGAGAGAAGCAAGACUGACCAUAGUGAAAAUGCUUGAAGAGUUUGACUUUGGCCAUGCUGAAAAGUGUGUCAGGAUAAACUCUGUGUCCAGCGGCCUUGCAGAAGAAGAUUUAGAGGUGCUUUUGCAGUCCAAGACUCUUCCUUCAAGCAUGAUGUUGCCAAAGGUUGAAAAUGUUGAGGAAAUAAGAUGGUUUUCAGACAAAUUCUUACAUCACCUAAAAGGCCGAACACUUGUAGAACCAAUGAAUUUUAUCCCCUUUGUGGAAACUGCAAUGGGCUUGCUCAAUUUUAAGGCUGUCUGUGAAGAAGCACUGAGAACAGGAUCCCAGGCUGGCUUUCAUUUGGAUGCAGUUGUCUUUGGAGGAGAGGAUUUCCGUGCCAGCAUAGGUGCAACAAGCAGUAAGGAAACUCACGAUAUUCUAUAUGCCAGGCAAAAAAUAAUAGUCACAGCAAAGGCAUUUGGCCUUCAAGCAAUAGACCUUGUUUACAUUGAUUUCCAUGAUGAAGAUGGGCUCCGCAGGCAGUCGAGGGAAGGUGCCUCAAUGGGAUUCACUGGUAAGCAGGUGAUUCACCCCAACCAAAUUGCUGUUGUCCAGGAACAGUUCUCUCCGAGCCCUGAAAAAAUAAAGUGGGCACAAGAACUGAUUUCUGCUUUUGAAGAACAUCAGCGAUUAGGCAAGGGAGCAUUUACUUUCCGCGGGAGCAUGAUCGACAUGCCAUUACUGAAGCAGGCACAGAACAUUGUUACACUUGCCACAGCCAUCAAGAAAAAAUGAGCUGAGCUCCUGACCUAAAGGAGAAAGACUCGAAUAAUUACUCACCAGUUGAAAUAACUGCAAUGAAAAUCUUUACCCUGUGUGAGCUUUGCUUUCCCCCCACACCACCCUUCUGUAAAUGUGCAACAGCCAUUAAAAAUAAUGCUCCAACAAUGCAGGA